UUAUACCAGGUGAUGCAAUGAUGUGUGAGAAGGAGGAGCAGAAUUGUCAGCAGGAAAAUGUUGAACAAGUGGAUAAACACAGAGCAUUAUCGCAAAGACCAAAAAGGAAUGUGUCGAAGAGUCAUGAACAGGGAAACUCCUGUGAGAUUCAGCACAGACCAGAAACAGAACAAGAAAACCAGCCAGGGGAGAAAGUGGGUAAACUAAUUUCAUGUCAGGUAACUCAGAAGGACCUCAAGGAAACAACAACACAGAAAGAAAUCCUCAAGGGAAAGAGAAACAAUACAUGCACUGAGUAUGGGAAAAAUUUACAUCAUGAUUCAGCCCUUACAAAGCAUCAAAGAAUACACACAGGUGAGAAACCCUAUGAAUGCAGUGAGUGUGGGAAGCUCUUCCAUAACAGUUCACACCUUAUUAGGCAUCAGAGAAUCCACACAGGGGAGAGGCCCUAUGAAUGCAAUGAAUGUAGGAAAAGCUUCACUACGAGCUCAGCCCUUUCUGAACAUCAGAGAAUCCACACAGGAGAAAGGCCCUAUGAAUGCAGUGAGUGUGGGAAAAGCUUCAUUACCAGCUCAGCCUUUUCUGAACAUCAGAGAAUUCACACAGGGGAGAGGCCUUAUAAAUGCAAUGAGUGUGGGAAAAGCUUCACUACCAACUCAGCCCUUUUUCAGCAUCAGAGAAUCCACACAGGCGAGCGGCCCUAUGAAUGCAAUGAGUGUGGGAAAAGCUUCACUACCUGCUCAGCCCUUUCUGAACAUCAGAAAAUCCACACUGGUGUGAGACCCUAUGAAUGCAGUGAGUGUGGGAAAACUUUCAAUCGCAGCUCGACCCUUAUUAGGCAUCAUAGAAUCCACACAGGAGAGAGGCCCUAUGAAUGCAGUGAAUGUGGGAAAGCCUUCAAACACAGUUCACACCUUAUUAGGCACCAGAGAAUCCACACAGGAGCAAGGCCCUAUGAGUUCAAAUCGAUCCCAACCACAGUGUGAUCAUUUGGAGCUUAAAUUCCAGGUUCCAUCUAUUGGUAAUGCCAUUUCUGGCAAGAUAGCUGUUUUUGCCCACAUUAUUUGGAUGCUAAGAUAGUAAAAAUGUUGUAAAUAACGUAACUGACUAUUGAGAUAGUGCUGAGUGAACUAUGUUUGAAUGGAUCAGAGGAGAAUGUGAUGGGAGAAUCCUUGUCCCGAUUCUGAAUAAUCAAAUGUAACCUGCUCUGGAAUUUCACUUCACACUUUCAUUGUCAUGUACUUUAUCUCUCUGAUGUCGGUUUCUAUCUUUCCUGAAGGCUGUUUGGUCACCCAGCUGGAUAUUAGUUCAGUUUGAUAGGAUGUAGCUCAGAUUUAUGGGAGAAUUUAAGACCAAUGACCAUUUGCUAAAGUCAUAAUUUCUCACUUCAGUUUUGCUUUUUCCCCACCCCUCCAUGAUGACAUGGAGAAAGUUGAAGUGCAGUUCUGUCAACAGAGGAGAACUCUCCAAUUUACUGGACAUGCUAACAAAGAAACAGCAGUGAUUUAAAAUCUUCACUUGGAAAGGAUGAACAGCAGAACCCCAACUAACUGAAGGAGGUGCAUAUGAGCACAGUGUAGUUCAAUAUUUAAGGAAAUAUUGUCUUAAAUGAUCUGGGGAGAGAAUUCCACGGUAAGUGAUUUUAAAGUAGGCAAAAUGCCUGUGUAUUUGGUUCCCAAAUCAUCUGUAACCCAGGCCCCACAGAAGAUCUCUUCCAGCUAACUGUAUAUUAUGGGAGAUGUUGCCCUUCAGGACACAAGAUGUUGAGGAAAUAGAAGUGGGGUUUUUGUUGAAUUUAUUCUUUGUGGGUGCUAAAAGAGUAUAUAAAAUUAAAUCAGUUUUGGAAAUCUAAUAGCUGCAGAAAAAUAAGUAUUUUUGAAUAGAAUCUCCAGCUCUGGUAACUAACAGAGAUUCUGAUCCAGGCCUCUAUCCAGUCCCUUUCUUAGAGCUGUUCCACAAAAUCAAAGAAAAGCUGGGCAUGUUUUGGGAAGCCAUUCCUCAUCAACACUGUUGAGAUUUUAAGUGGUUUUGUAAAGGAUUCUACUUCACAGAACUGUAAAUUUACCCUAACCAAGGCCAACUAUUUAGAAAGAACUUGAAAGAGUCCACACUCGGUUUUUGAUUUCCACCCCAGUAAAGGAAGCUGUGGUGAUGAAUGACCCAAAGGAAAUUGUUUAUAGAACUCUACUUCCUAGUGCAUUGUCACUGAUUACAUUUCCAGAGGAUACCAGGGUUAGACUGAGAACAAUUAUCCUUCACUGUUGGGAUUCAAAGAGAGAGAGCUUCAUAGGACAUUCCUUCCCUGUGGAUCCCAAACUGGCUGCCUGAUUGGGUAACAAGGACUUCAGGCUGUAGAAAUUAUGGUAACCGAUGAGGCAAUGAAUGUGUCAGGCUCUGAUUUCAGACUUCCAGAUACACGCAUGUUGAGUCCUGAUUCUAUGGUUUUGUGUCUGAUGCUGUGGCUACACAAUAAAGCUGAUGUUGGCACAAAUAUACCAAUGUAGCUGCGCUGCUGUAGAACUGCUGUUACAGAUGCUCUAAGCCAAUGGGAGAGAUCUCUCCUGUCUGAUUUUAUUAUUCCAGCCCCUACAAGCGGCAGUGGCUGUGUUGGCACGAGCAGCUCUCCAGCUCAUGAAGCACUAUCUACACAGGGGCUUAGGGCUGUAAAACUACAUUGCUCAUCUUUGUGGAUUUUUCACACCCCAAGCAAUAAUUAUACCGAUAAACGUCUUUAGUAUAGAUCAACAGUUUCAUCUUGUAUUUUACACAUUUACAUCACUUCUCCUCUCCCUCCUCCUACUUUGAAAGAUUAAAAAGUGUGAUGAGAGGUAUUUUCCCUCAUGCUGCAAACAUUCCCACAUAGGAGAUCACUUCCACCAACACACAUGGCAGAAGAGCCUGAGAUAUAUGGACUCUCAGAAGAGGUUGGGACAAACCACAACUUGAGCCAAGGUUCAUUUGUUGGCAAUGAGAAUAAAAGAAAACUAACCUUUAUGACAUGAAUCUGAUCUUUGAAUAUAUGAUUGUUACUAAUGAAAAUGAAAUUAUAGGUGAAGUUAUUGGUUAAAGAGUAAGAGACUUGUGUGAUAAUUGAAUUAUUUUGGAAAACUGAAA